GCCGCCUCCCCUCGCCUCCGCCGAGAACACGCGGCUGCCCUCGCGAGCUCACCUCCGCGCGUCGACAGCGCCGCCGCGCGGCCACUCCCCCGUCGCGUCGUCACCGUCAUCUCUACGUCUUGCUUGAUUCGGCGGCGGUAGUACCAGGCGAAGAUGCUGGGCGGAUUGUACGGCGACCUCCCGCCGCCGGCCUCCUCCGGCGACGAUGACAAGCCCUCCGCCGCCGGCUGGUCCAGCGCCGCCAAGAUGGCGCCCCCCACCCUCCGCAAGCCCUCUACUACCUUCGCCCCGCCCCCCUCCGUCCUCAGGAACCCCCGCCCCGCCCCCAAGGCCCCCGCCGCCCAGCCGCCGCCGGUGCCAGUUCCGGUCGAAAUCACCGUCUCCACCUCCUCCUUCCAGCCUGCCCUCGUCGCCGUCCAGUCCACCGUUAUGGAGGAGUACGACCCGGCCAGGCCCAACGACUACGAGGACUACAGGAAGGAAAAGCUCAAGAGGGCCAAGGAGGCCGAGGUCAGGAAGGAGCUCGAGCGGAGGCGGCGUGAGGAAGAGGAGAGGGAGAGGGAGCGUGAGCUCAGAGAAAGGGAGGGCCGCGACACGCUCAACAUAUCUGGUGAGGAAGCCUGGAAGAGGAGGGCCGCAAUGAGCAGCUCGGCCGCUCCGAGGGCGCCCUCUUCCCCACCCCAUGGGGGAGAUGGCUUCGCCAUCGGGAACUCCUCUUCUUCCGGUUUGGGCCUUGGCGCCGGCGGACAGAUGACUGCUGCACAGAGAAUGAUGGCCAAGAUGGGGUGGAAGGAAGGCCAAGGACUUGGCAAGCAAGAACAGGGAAUCACUGCACCUCUGGUGGCUAAGAAGACUGAUAGGAGGGGAGGGGUUAUUGUGGAUGAGAACAGUUCCAAGCCAGAAAAGAAGCCAAAAUCCGUCAGCUUUGAUGGCCCUCCGACACGAGUUUUGCUCCUCCGUAACAUGGUUGGUCCAGGUGAGGUUGACGAUGAGCUGGAGGAAGAAGUGGCCUCAGAGUGUAGCAAGUACGGGACAGUGUGUCGCGUGCUGAUAUUUGAGAUCACUCAGGCGGACUUCCCCUCGGAUGAGGCUGUGAGGAUCUUCAUACAGUUUGAGAGGGCGGAAGAAGCAACCAAAGCGAUGAUUGAUCUGGAAGGGCGCUUCUUUGGCGGGCGGGUGGUGCGUGCCACAUUCUUUGAUGAGGAGAGGUUUGCGAAGAACCAGCUCGCCCCCAUGCCCGGUGAAGUUGCAGGCUUCGACUAGACUGUAUAUGCAGCGGCAGUAACUGUUGAUGUAAUCCUACGCUGGACUAAUAUGCAGUUUUUUUGCUGGAGUGUUAUUAAGGAGUUAUUGCACAAUGCAAAACUAGAUGGUGUAGAGCAUUCAUCAAGGGCUGAAGGUCCACUGUAAUUUUUAGAUUCAUCUUUAAUCUGUUUAUGCUUGUUUGGAUAGGGAUAGUCUAACGUGUGACUAUUCUAAACGGUAAAUUUUGAUUAUAUACCCUUUAGAUUGAAACUGAUUAUCGACCUUUUGAGCCAACAAGUCACCUAAGAUGAUCCUACAUCUAAUUGGCACUGUACAAGAGGGCACAUCCA